GUGUGCGUGUGUGUGUGUGUAGUGGAACUCUUCCUGGUUCAGUGGACUCGUUGGUGUUUCUCAGUUUUCAGUUUGACUCAGUUUUCAGUGUUUUAUUUCUUCGGUUGAACUUCUGCACGAGCCGCGGAUCGUCAUGUUGCCACAGUAACAGCUGGAAGUUUGAACCCGCCGGUUUGUGUUGUUAACCAGCAGCGAGUCGUUGGUUUGUCGGCUAACUGCUAGCUGUAGCAGCCCUGUCAUUAACAGGUAUGUUUGCGUCCUGCUGUAACUGGUUGUGUGUGGACUCGGCUGAAGCUGAACAGUCCGGUGCAGCUGAGGAACGUCAUCAGUCCUACACCAACUCGGCCUUCAGCAGUCAGCCGUCUCCUCCUCCACCUGAACACACCUGUAAGGCCUGUGGGGGCUGCUUCGACACACCUGCCAAGAAGCAUGUGUGUGUGGACUGUAAGAAGAACUACUGCAGCCGCUGCUCUGCCCAGCGCGAGCCCCGCCCCCGCCUCUGUCACACCUGCCAGCGUUUCUACGGCAACCUGCUGGUGCGGGCGGAGCUUAUGAAGCUGAAAGUGAAGGAGCUCAGGGACUACCUGCACCUGCACGAGAUUUCCACGCACCUGUGCAGAGAGAAGGAGGAGCUGGUGGAGCUGGUCCUCGGUCAGCAGUCUUCACCAUCCAGUGACUCCGCUCCAGAGACCGUGAUCACUGACCCCCCCUCUGAGACCGCCGACCCCCCCGACCUGACCGCUCACCUCUCCACCUUGACUUCUGACCCCCCCACCACGACCCUGACCCCUGACCUCCCCGCUGCACAGUCUGAAGCCCCGCCCACAGAGACGACCCCCAUCGAGACCGAUGUUCAGGAUGAAGAUCAGACCUGGGACCCGGAGGAGGUCCCGGCCUCGGGACGCCGGGCCUCUCUGUCUGACCUGAACAGUCUGGAUGACAUCGAGGCGCUCAGCGUCCGACAGCUGAAGGAAAUUCUUGCUAGAAACUUCGUCAACUACAAAGGCUGCUGCGAGAAGUGGGAGCUGAUGGAGAGGGUGAGCCGGCUGUACCAGGACCAGCAGAACCUACAGGCUGCUAACAACUCGAACGCCUCAGAGUACCGCGGAGGUGGGGGUCCUGCAGGUCUGGAGGAGAACCUGUGUAAGAUCUGCAUGGACUCUCCCAUCGACUGCGUCCUGCUGGAGUGUGGUCACAUGAUCACCUGCACCAAGUGUGGUAAGAGGAUGAGCGAGUGUCCCAUCUGCCGCCAGUACGUCGUCCGAGCCGUCCACGUCUUCCGGUCCUGAGCGCGCCAGCCCUGACCUGCACCCAGGACGAACCAUCUCCAGAGCAAUAACCCGCAGGCAGGGACCCCCUACACACACACGUUUUUAUUUUGUUGAUUCUAUUUUUCUAGUGUAAAUAAGACGCGCGGUACGUCCGUACGAGGAACGGAGGAAGUGACCUUAUCCGACCGCAGAGCUGCUGUUUGAUACAAACGCUGAAUGUACAGACUGUGACUUUAAGCUUUAAACUCAUCAGCAGAGGAUCCUCUGUGCCUUCACCAGCUCGUCACCAGCUCGUCACCAGCUCGUCACCAGCUCGUCACCAGCUCCUGAAAACUCGGUUCUGCUCGGCGCGAAGCGGGUCGUAGAAAACCGGGUCUAGCAGGGAAUCCUGAAACUUUUAAAAGCUUUCUGGACGCUGAAGGGGGCGUAAAUCUACCAAAGAGAAACGUGACUUUACCUCGACAGGUGAGGAGGGUCCGCUCAGACCGCCAGAAAGUCACCGUACGGCCUUUUACUUCCUGUGUUCUGAUCACAGCCUGAACUUGGUUUACAGUCUGCAGUGAGUUUACACUGGAGCUUCUAGUCGAAGAUAAAUCCAUAAAACCAGCCGACCUGUGAGUGUGCGCUUCCUGCUCUCACAUAUCAGCCUUUUCUUCCUGUUUACACACAGGUGUCAGUGAUUAAAACCUGAACUGCUUCAGACCAGCAGCCAAUCAGCGUUGACGUUACCAGUUUACAUCAACAUCAGCAGGAUAAUAACCUCUGACCUCCACCCAACCGGGUUAUUAUCAUAGACUGUAUGAAACACGGAUGUAGCCUCUGUGAUGUCACCCACAGGUGGGGCAGCUGAGGCCUGGGUGCUGAAACCUAGAGACAAGCUGUCACUCAGACCUGCCUUAAUUCUGCAUAACUUGAAGCAUCAUUAUAAUUCAAAUGAAUGAGUUAUUUAGAAAUUCACCCCCGUACAGUUGUCAUGAACGGGGAAAUUAGCUUCAGAGACCCAAAGCCUUUUCUGUACCAGGCUGUCAACAUUAGUUAAAAUGUGGGCAUUUUAAUAUGGGGGUCUAUGGGGACUGACUCGCCUUUGGAGGCAGCCUCAGGUGGCCACUCAAGGACUGGGAUCAGAUACAAACUCAAACUGCCUUCCAAUACAUUUUCAUGUGAUAUAAUAGUGAGUGGAAACCAGAGGCUGCCUCGAAAGUCAGAGGAACUAAAUCUGGACUUGAGGCUUGAAGUGAUCAGCUGGUUUGAAUGAAUGAAGAUGUGUAACAGCAGCACACUUGAAAUACUGCAGAAAAUAUCUGCUGAUGAUGUAAAGUACUGUCAUUUACACACAUGUAAUUUCCCAAUAAUCCUCCAGGGGGCUUCCUGCUAAGAACUCUGAGAUUUAGUACGAAUGACAGCGUUCACACUUCAAAUGUAACCUCGAGUCUUUUGGUCCAUCAAAGCAGGUCAGACGAACAUGGAAAUGGACAAACAUACAGUUUAGCACUUGUAAAGAAUGAAAUCUCUUAUAACAAGUGAAUAAUUAAUGUUUGAAUUUAAAUAUAAGUUUUUUUGGUUUCAAGGAAAUCCCUGUUUGUCCUGUCAUUAGUUCUCAGGCUGCGAGUUUUUUAUAUUCAACCAACAAACCAAAACCAGAAAUAUUUUAUUACUGUAGAAGAACCACAACUGGGACCAAAACUGAAGCUGUAGCAGGUAAUAGAGUAGAAUUUCUGUUGAUCCAUUAAUGAACUCUUAUUGUAUUAAAUUACAGAAUUCUUUCCUGGAGUUUUAGGAGGAAAAAAACAGCACAUGUACAGAAUUUACAGAUUUGAAUCCAGUUUACAUAUCAAAAAUGGCACACGCGAUACCUUAGGGUCAGCUGUUCUGACGCUAAUCACCCCCAUACAGCAGACAACGGGGGGCCACCAGGGCAGCAGACACAGGAAACACCCACCGUCACAUACUGACCAAACAGCCCCACCACACCUGUUUUCACCUUGUGCUACGCUUGGCUAGCAGUUCCCCACUCUGCCCAGUCUUUGUGCUAAGCUAAGUCAAUCAUGGCUCCAGGGCUGUAACUUCCUAUGAUGUAAUUUCCUCAUUAUUUCCUGUGGGAAUGAGUGCUUUAGGGACUUUCUGGGGUUUUAUGUUGUCCAGUUAAAAAUCUUUUUCCAGAUUCUGGUGUUUUUAGAGUCAACUUAAUCAAAUUUGUUAGAAAUUUUAGGGCAAUAAAGAAAUGAAGGAUUCCUGCCAGCAUGAAGAAGCUUUGAGGAGCACUUAAGUUUCAAGUUUAAGUUUAUUUACUUUAUUGAUCCCGAGACUGGGAAAUGAUUCUGUGCUUUUAACCCAUCACUGGGGAAACACACACACAUGCAGCAUGCACCAUGCAGUGAAACACACAGGAGCAGUGGGGAGCAUAUUGGGGGGCUCAAGGGCACAUCAGCCGGCUAAUGGAGGGGGAGGGAAUACUAUAAUAAAAUCUAGCACUAAUCAGAAGGAAAAACGGAGAAAAGGUUCAGAGUUUUUCAGGUUUUGUAGUUACAUUGAGAUUAUGAGCACUUGUAAGGCUGCAGAAAACGUGAUGGAACGGCUAAAUUCCUGAACUCGAUUCCUGGUGUGGACCUGUCACUGUCCUGGACAGAGAACAAGAGGAUUUCCUGAGUAUUGAAAUGUUCCUUUAAUUCUACAUGAGAUGUACAAACAGCAGCAGAGGCCCCAGGACGCUUCCCUGAGGAACUCCACGUUACUAACGACAGAGAACAACAUGAUGUAUGAACGCUCACCAGCAGACUUUCUAUUUGUUGUCGAGCAGUUAAACUCUUUGGUUUGAAGUGUGUCUUGUUAUAACACUGAUUGCACUAAUCUGUGGAUGCUGAAACAUUUCGAACUUCUUCUUUAGUUGAUUUGUUAGUUGAAAAAGAGGAGGAAGAAUUUGUUCUGGAGAGAAAUUUUGUCCUGUAUGUUUUUCUUGAGUUUUUGUUCUUGUGAGAUCAUCGAGGUUGGUUUUUGUUGAUUUUUUUGUGACAUGAUGGUUAUUACUUACAGGUGUUCACACGUCAUCUGUAAUUUGCAGCAGCAUCAUGAUCAGCUGUGGUACAUCUAGUUGUACUGCACUUUGAUUCCUCUGCUAUGAUAUAAGUUAAUAAUGUCAUAAUCACAUCACUGUGAGAGCGUUAUAUGAUCAACUUCCUUUAGACAGAAACAUGUUCUCUUCUUCAGCUAUCUGUUAGCAUCCUAAGCUAACAUGCAGCUGUGUUUUUCUUCUCUAGUCAAGUGGUUCCCAACCUAUCAGGCUGUCUGCUUGCUGCACCUCAUCACAGGAUGUGUGAGCACUGCCAUCAAAGAAUGAUUGUGUCAUUUCAGUAAAGGAUCAAAACCGUGAAACAAUCCAAUAUUACACAAAAAAGAUGAAAGUCCACAAAAAAAAAUCACAUUUGUGCAGCAGGAUUCUUUUUUCCUUUUGACCUAUCAGAUUUAACUUGUGACCCACUGGGGGGUCCCGACCCCCAGGUUGGCAACCGCUGCUUUUGUUUCAGUGAGAAACGCUAACACUGAAUGUUUUGUUCGGUUUCAACUCCUCAUUUUAACAACAGGUCAGAUGCCGUGAGAUGUUCUUUGAACUUUGCUGGAAUCUGUUAAACAUGAAAUAUUUAAGGAUGAAACAGAUAAAGAUACUUUAGUUUUCUGAGUGAACUUUGAUGAAUAAUUUUGUAAUAAAACUGAUU